AUGGCCCAACUGAAGUAUACACCACCCAGGCAAUCAUCACCAACUAUCCACGUUCCACAACAGCUUCAGGACUGCGAGUUCAUUUUUGUCCGAAAUGACGCGAAGCAUCUCACCAUUGAUCGAGGAAGCCGGACGGACACUAUGUCCAUCGACAGAGUCAAACCAGCUUUUCUGGAAAAAUCUCCACGGGAGGCAGAACCCGUCUCAACACACCCAGAAACCUCACCUGCCUCAACAACCACGCAAUCGCAACCAUCACCACCGAGGUCAGAGCCAAUCCCAGAAUCACCCACCACUCCACCUAGGCAGACCCGUCUUGGAAGGAAAGUCACCUUCCCUAAGAAGGCUAACUUCCGAAAGUCAUUCGAUCACCACUCUUCGAGGCUCCACUCACUUCACUCUUCGCUACUGCCUUCCCUCUGUGACGCCAGCUCACUCCUGCAGCUUCCAGCUCUCUCCUGCAGCUUCCAGCACUCCUGCAGUAUCCAGCUCACUCCUGCAGCUUGCAGCAUCCAGCUCACUCCUGCAGCUUCCAGCACUCCUGCAGCAUCCAGCUCGCCCCAACAGCUUCCAGCGGCAUCCAGCUCACCCCUGCGGCGCUCUACUGACGUCCCGCUACCUAUUCCAGCACCCGCUGACGACCUAAUCCAGUGCCCACUGACGUCCAGCGCCCGUUAUCGUCCGGACACCUUUCCCGAACAAACGACCUCUGUCGUCUUACCAUCCAAAGCGACAACAAUCUCUCUCUCUCUCCCUCUCUCUCUCUCUCUCUCUCUCUCUCUCUCUCUCUCUCUCUCUCUCGUGGCAUGUAAGGACUUCAGAGACAUCAAAUGA